AUGUCGGGUGCUGUGGGCCGAGAGCCAGUCUUCCCGACUCGCCAAUCACUGGGAUUGAUGAAGAGCAAGCUGAAGGGAGCCGAGAUUGGACACAGCUUGUUAAAGCGAAAGAGUGAAGCAUUGACCAAACGUUUCCGAGAAAUCACACGUCGCAUCGAUGAGGCCAAGCAAAAGAUGGGUCGAGUCAUGCAAAUUGCAGCCUUUUCCCUGGCCGAAGUAAGCUACGCAGUUGGUGGCGAUAUCGGAUACCAGGUUCAGGAGUCCGCCAAACAAGCUCGCUUCCGAGUGCGCGCAAAGCAGGAGAACGUCUCCGGUGUCCUCCUCCCCCAUUUCGAGAGUUAUACACAGGAGGGUGUCAAUGACUUCGCUUUGACGGGUCUUGGUAAGGGUGGACAGCAGAUUCAGCGCUGCCGGGAGACAUAUGCCCGCGCCGUGGAGACGCUGGUGGAGCUGGCUAGUCUACAGACUGCCUUUUUGAUUCUGGACGAGGUUAUCAAGGUUGUCAACCGAAGAGUGAACGCCAUUGAGCAUGUCAUUAUCCCUCGAACUGAAAACACUAUCAAAUACAUCAACUCUGAGCUCGACGAACUGGACCGAGAGGAGUUUUACCGUCUUAAGAAGGUCUCGGGCAAGAAGCAGCGCGAUGUUGCGGCUGCAGACGCCGAAAUUGCGGCUGCUAGGCAAAAGGAAGCCGAGAAGAAAGCACAAGCCGGAACACCAGCCCAGGAGGCUAAGGAGGAGGAGGCCGAAAGUACGGAUGUUUUGGGCGAGCAAGAAGACAACGAUGUCAUUUUUUAG